UUUUAGAUCAUUGAUUGAAUGAAAGCAUUCGAAGCAGCAGUAAUAACAGAAACCUGUAAAGAUAGAGUUUACUGAAGAGUACAGAGAGAACACGAGUGAUCCAGAACCCUUCAGACUCAAGCAUGAAGAAACUGAAGAAGAAGAAAGAGUUUACAGGAGCAUCAAAUCAUCAGAAAGAGGUGAAACUUGCAAAGAGUGAGUUUAUUAAAGAGGACAGAGAGAAGAUGGGAGAUCCAAAGCACACUGAACAUACUCAAGAACAAACAGAGCUGAUUGAAGAGAACCAAAAGAGUGAAGAAUCAAGUGAUGUUGAAGAGAAAAAUCAUGCCAAAACUAGAAAAAAACUUUUGAGUUGCCCUCAGACCAAGCAGAAAGAUUUAAAGAAAAGAGACAAGAAAUCUUUCACCUGCACUCAGUGUGGAAAGAGUCUCAGAAACAAAUAUGGUCUUGAUGUUCAUAUGAGAGUUCACACUGGAGAAAAACUGUACAAGUGUUCACACUGUGACAAGAGAUUCAGUCAGUCAAGAGACAUGAAAAUACACGAGAGGAUCCACACUGGAGAGAAACCGUUCCCUUGUAAUCAAUGUGGUAAAAUGUUUGUUUGUGCUUUAGCCCUAAAGAAGCAUCAGAAACUUCAUAAAAAGGAGAAACCACAUUCAUGUGAAUUGUGUGGAAACAGUUUUUCAUCACUGAGCUAUUUUAAAAAACAUCAGAAAAUGCAUGCUGAUGUUAAAGAGUACAUGUGCUUCGAGUGUAAAAAGACUUUUACAACAGCAAACUGUUUAAAACGGCAUGAGAGGAUCCACACUGGAGGAAAACCUUACAAGUGUUCACACUGUGACAAGAGAUUCAGUUUUUUAUCAAUUCUGAAAACGCAUGAGAGGAUUCACACUGGUAAGAAACGGUACAAGUGUUCACACUGUGACAUGAGAUUAAAUCAUUCAGGAGACCUGAAAACACACGAAAGAAUCCACACUGGCGAAAGACCGUACACAUGUGAUCAGUGCGGGAAGGGUUUCACAAAAAAAGGGAGCCUUUCCAGACAUAUGAGAGUUCAUACUGGAGAGAAACCAUUUGCUUGUGAUAAAUGCGGGAAGAGUUUUACACGAUCAUCAAGCCUUAAUGUACACAUGAACAUCCACACUGGAGAGAAACUGUUUGCUUGUGAUCAAUGCGGCAAAACAUUUUUGAGAGCUCCUGACCUGAAGAAACACUUGAAAGUUCAUUCAAAGGAGAAGCCUCAUUCAUGUCAAUUAUGUGAAAAGAGUUUUUCACGUUUACAAUAUUUAAAAGUACAUCAGAAAACACAUACUGGUGUGAGAGAGUACAUGUGCUUUGAGUGUGAAAAGACUUUUACUUCGGCAUACAGUUUAAAACUGCACGAGACGAUUCACACUGGAGAGAAACCUUAUAAGUGUUCACACUGUGACAAGAGAUUCAGCUGGCCAGGAGACCUGAAAAUACACGAGAGGAUUCACACUAGAGAGAAACCUUAUAAGUGUUCACACUGUGACAAAAGAUUCACUCAUGCAGGAAGUCUGAAAAUACACAAGAGGAUUCACACUGGAGAGAAACCUUAUAAGUGUUCACACUGUGACAAGAGAUUCAGUCGGUCAGGAGACCUGAAAACACAUGAGAGGAUUCACACUGGAGAGAAACCUUAUAAGUGUUCACACUGUGACAAGAGAUUCAGGGUGUUAGGAAACCUGAAAAUACACGAGAGCAGACAUCCCAAGUCUCCCGGAAGUUCCGGGAGUCUCCCGCAUAUUGAAAGCGGCUCCCUGAGACCCGCAAAUUAGUUAAAAUCUCCCAGAAUCUAGACCGAGCGAGCAAAAGUGCGCAUGCGAAACAGAUACUGUGUUUCAAACCGUGUAGCGCGCGCACGGCAGAGAGGGAGAGGGAGCGAGAGACCUUGCGUGUGUGUGCUAAUGUGCGUGUGAGCGAAGCGCAUGUCAGACAGAGAGCAUCCUGAUUGGCCGGUUUCUGCAAAUCAACCAAUCAAUUGUCAGUGUGGGCGGGCUUUUAUCUCUUCUCCCGAACAAAAUUAAUCAGUUAUGUCUCUCUAGAAACAGGAGCACCAUGACAGAGGGAAAGUGCCAAAAAAAAAAAAAAGUACAAGACACAUUUUACGGCAGACUACACGAAAGUGUACCCCUGUCUUAUAUAUGUAAAACAUAAUGACAGUCUUGCUCAAGCAUUGCCCAUGGCAGGUUAAAUGAUUGCAAAAGGCAUGUUGAGGUGAGUUGACAAGUUUAAUUUCAUCUGCAUAUUAUUCAGGCUAGUUGCCAAGGCUACAUGAAAACAACAAACUCUUGAGACCUGUUUAAAGUUGCAAUAGAAAAUAAAUAAAAGCAGUUUACAUAAAUUGUAUAAGCAGAUUAUAUAAAUAGUAAAAGUAAUCUACAUAUUUAAACAUAAUUAACAAAUAAUUACAUAGGCCUAUAGCUUAUAGAAAUAAUAUUUUAUGCUAUAUCUUUUAGGGACCACAACAUGCUAGGGAGGCUAAGCGCAGGGAAGUUCUCCCAUUCAGAUAGGCAAAGUCUCACUGAGAAGGUUGGGAUGUCUUCGAGAGGAUCCACACUGGAGAGAAACCGUAUCACUGCACUGAAUGAGGGGAUUUCAUUUCACUGAUUCAUCUAAUCUACACAGUGAAAUCAUUGUGAAAUCAUUACAGUGACUAGAUCAUCUUCAGAUCCAGCACUUUCAGAUCUGAUGUUGAUGAGAAAGCUGUCCUAACCAGACAUGAGAGAAGCAGAUUCGCGACCUGGAACAGAGGCAGGCCGAGCUGAGAGAGCGGAGAGCCGCGCUGGAAUCAUCCCGGGCUGACGCUCACAAGUCCGGGGUAAGUAUACAGCGUGCUGUUAACAGUCCCACCACGUCUACUCCGUGUGUUUCUCUGCGCAGGCCCGGUGCACCCAGGACGCGAUCUUCCCAGAUGUCCUUCACUGCGACGCCGGGACACCACGGACCCUGGGUGCGUCCACAGCGGAGGAUGCGAGCCGGGUCCCGGGCGACGACAUCUCCCCCUCCUGCCUUCGAGAUCUCCAUCCAGAACCGCUUCGCUCCCCUCCGCGAGACAGGACGCGACGCUGUGAUCAUCGGAGACUCCAUCGUCCGACACGUAAGUGCUACGUUAGCCGAAGGUAAAGUGCACACUCAUUGUUUGCCUGGUGCUCGUGUUCUCGAUGUUUCUGCGCAGAUACCCGCGAUCCUGAAGGACGACGAGAGCCCGAGAGCGGUCGUGCUUCACGCCGGGGUUAACGACACCACGCUGCGGCAGACGGAGACGCUGAAGAGGGACUUCAGGAGCCUGAUCGAGACGGUUCGCAGCACGACGCCCGCGGCGACGAUCGUCGUGUCAGGACCACUGCCCACGUAUCGACGAGGACACGAAAGGUUCAGUAGACUUUUUUUGUCAUGGUGUAAAGAACAGAAACUGCUAUUUGUUAAUAACUGGAAUCUUUUCUGGGAGCGUCCUAGGCUGUUUCGCGCUGAUGGAUUACACCCCAGUCGAGUCGGAGCGGAGCUUCUCUCUGACAACAUCUCCAGGACACUUCGCUCCAUGUGACUAGUAAGUCAAUUCUCAAAUAACCAUUAUGAUGAGUUUUGUUCCACCCGCUUAAAUGAUAAAAGUACUUGUGCUGUAAAACCUAUUAAGACUGUGUCUGUUCCCCGAAUAGUGAGGUCAAAAUAUAAAUAUAAAUAUAAUGUAGGAUCUAGAAAAAAUCUUAUCGUAAUUAAACCAGAAAAAUGUAAAGUAAAUGAACAAAAACAAUUUUUAAAGUUUGGGCUCAUAAAUAUUAGAUCACUCACACCAAAAGCAGUUAUUGUAAAUGAAAUGAUCACAGAUAAUAGUUUUGAUUUACUCUGCUUGACUGAAACCUGGCUAAAACCAAAUGAUUAUUUUGGUCUAAAUGAGUCUACUCCACCAAACUACUGUUAUAAACAUGAGCCCCGUCAGACUGGGGGGUGUUGCAACAAUAUAUAGUGAUAUUCUCAAUGUUACCCAGAAAACAGGAUACAGGUUUAACUCUUUUGAAAUACUAAUGCUAAAUGUUACUCUGUCAGACAUGCAAAAGAAAUCUAAUGUAUCUCUUGCUCUGGCUACUGUGUAUAGACCACCAGGGCCGUAUACAGAAUUCCUAAAAGAAUUUGCAGAUUUCCUCUCAGACCUUCUAGUUACAGUUGAUAAGGCGCUAAUCAUGGGAGAUUUUAAUAUUCACGUUGAUAAUACAAACGAUACAUUAGGACUUGCGUUUACUGACCUAAUAAACUCCUUUGGAGUCAAGCAAAAUGUCACCGGGCCCACUCAUCGUUUUAAUCAUACACUAGAUUUAAUUAUAUCGCAUGGCAUCGAUCUUACUGCUAUAGAUCUUGUACCUCAAAGUGAUGAUAUUACAGACCAUUUCCUCGUAUCGUGCAUGCUGCGUAUAACUGAUAUUAACUAUAUGUCGCAGCGAUACCGUCUGGGCAGAACUAUUGUUCCAGCCACCAAAGACAGAUUCGCAAAUAACCUGCCUGAUCUAUCUCAACUGCUAUUUGUACCCAAAAAUACACAUGAAUUAGACAAAAUUACUGACAACAUAGGCACUAUUUUCUCUAAUACAUUAGAAGCUGUUGCCCCAAUCAAAUUGAAAAAAGUUAGAGAAAAACGUACUGUACCAUGGUAUAACAGUAAUACUCACUCUCUCAAGAAAGUAACUCGUAGUCUUGAACGCAAAUGGAGAAAAACUAACUUAGAAGUUUUUAGAAUUGCAUGGAAAAACAGUAUGUCCAGCUAUAGACAGGCUCUAAAAACUGCUAGGGCAGAGCAUAUACACAAACUCAUAGAAAAUAACCAAAACAAUCCAAGGUUUUUAUUUAGCACAGUGGCUAAGUUAACAAAUUACCAGACGCCACCUGAUUCAAAUAUUCCACCAACGUUAAAUAGUAAUGACUUUAUGAAUUUCUUCACUGAUAAAAUAGAUAACAUUAGAAAUACAAUAGCGAAUGUAGAUUCUACAGCAUCUAACACUUCAGUUUCAUCCAUCGCACCCAAACAUAAACUGCAGUGCUUUACAACCAUAGGACAGGAGGAGCUAAAUAAACUUAUCACUGUAUCUAAACCAACAACAUGUUUAUUAGAUCCUGUACCCACUAAAUUACUGAAAGAGCUGUUACCUGUAGCCGAAGAACCGCUUCUCAAUAUCAUUAACUCGUCGUUAUCUUUAGGACACGUCCCAAAACCAUUCAAGCUGGCGGUUAUCAAGCCUCUUAUUAAGAAACCAAAACUAGAUCCUAGUGUACUGGCAAAUUAUAGGCCUAUUUCAAAUCUUCCAUUUAUGUCUAAAAUUUUAGAAAAAGUUGUGUCUGCUCAAUUGAGCACCUUCCUGCAUAAAAAUGAUCUGUAUGAAGAAUUUCAGUCAGGUUUUAGGCCCCACCAUAGCACAGAAACUGCACUUGUUAAAAUUACAAAUGACCUGCUCCUUGCGUCAGACCAAGGCUGCAUCUCAUUUCUAGUCUUACUUGAUCUUAGUGCUGCGUUCGACACCAUAGAUCAUGACAUACUCAUAGAUCGAUUACAAAACUAUACAGGUAUUCAAGGGCAGGCUCUAAGAUGGUUUAGAUCCUACCUGUCCGAUCGCUACCAUUUUGUGUACUUAAAUGGGGAGUCAUCUCAUUUAUCAUCAGUAAAAUAUGGAGUGCCACAAGGAUCCGUCCUAGGUCCCCUUCUAUUUUCAAUAUACAUGUUGCCCCUUGGUAAUAUUAUUAGAAAAUACGGAAUUAGCUUCCACUGUUAUGCUGAUGAUACUCAGCUAUAUAUAUCAACGAGACCAGAUGAAACUUCCCAAUUAUCUAAGCUAACAGAGUGUGUUAAAAAUGUAAAAGAUUGGAUGACAAAUAAUUUUCUCCAAUUAAAUUCGGAUAAGACGGAGAUAUUAAUUAUUGGACCAAAAAACACUACACAGAAUCUUGUAGAUUACAAUCUGCAACUAGACGGAUGUACUGUUACUUCCUCUACAGUCAGAAAUCUGGGUGUUAUAUUAGACAGCAAUUUGUCUUUUGAAAAUCAUAUUUCCAAUGUUACAAAAACUGCAUUCUUCCAUCUUAGAAACAUUGCCAAGCUACGAAACAUGUUAUCUGUUUCUGAUGCAGAAAAGCUAGUUCAUGCAUUCAUGACCUCUAGACUGGACUAUUGUAAUGCACUUCUAGGUGGUUGUCCUGCUUCGUCAAUAAACAAGCUACAGGUAGUCCAAAAUGCAGCAGCUAGAGUCCUUACGAGGUCAAGAAAAUAUGAUCAUAUUACCCCAAUUUUACAGUCUCUGCACUGGCUACCUAUUAAGUUCCGCAUCAGUUACAAAUUAUCAUUACUUGCCUAUAAGGCCCUAAAUGGUUUAGCUCCAGCGUACCUAACUAGCCUUCUACCACGUUACAACCCAUCACGCACCCUAAGGUCACAAAACACUGGACUUUUGGUAGUUCCUAGGAUAGCAAAGUCCACUAAAGGAGGUAGAGCCUUCUCACAUUUGGCUCCCAAACUCUGGAAUAGCCUUCCUGAUAAUGUUCGGGGUUCAGACACACUCUCUUUGUUUAAAUCUAGAUUAAAAACACAUCUCUUUCGCCAAGCAUUCGAAUAAUGUAUCUUUUUAAUUGUGAGUGUAGUUGCAUCUGAUCAAAGGUGCAUUUUUAUUCAUUAGCUUGGGUUAAACUAAUUUUACUUUGUUGGAUCAGCAGCUAUGCUAAUGAUGUCUGUAUUUUGUUUCUAUGUUUUGCCACGGGAUUCACAUCCCGUGGUAACUAGGAUUUACACAAGCUCCAGUCUGGAUCCAGAACACCUGAGAAGAGAUGAUGCUGACCCUCAGAGGACCCCAGAUGAUGCAAACCCUGAAUCAACAAACAGAACUAACAAUUAUUCCUAAAUGUGUGACUUAAUCAUAUAAUAACUUAAUUAAUAAUAUUGAUAGUUCAUCGUCUAGCUGACUACGUCUUGUAUUAUUAUUAUUAUUAAUUUUUUUUAGUUUUUCUAAAAUCCUGUCAAAUGUGCACAAACUACUAGCUACUACUAAAUAUUGUAGAAACAUAAUUUUCUGUAAAGUUGCUUUGUAACGAUUUGUUUUGUAAAAAGCGCUAUACAAAUAAACUUGAAUUGAAUUGAA